AUGGGAGAUUUCAUGCCUAUUCUGAAAUGGGUUGGAUUCAAUGGGAUUGAAAAGAAGUUGGCGGUAUUACAGGAAAAAAGAAACCAGUUCAUGCAAGAUUUGAUUGAAGAGCAUAGAAGAAUGAGGAGUAAUUCUUCUUCUGAGAAGGAAACCAAGACAAUGAUCGAUGUUCUCCUGUCAUUCCAAGAAAGUGAACCUGAAUACUGUAAAGAUGAAAUCAUCAAAGGCAUGAUGCUGAUGAUUGCUUCACCAAAAACGAUAUCAUCUUUGCGAACCGCCCUCGACUGCUUGCCAGAAAACACCUUGGCUAUGAUUACACCACCAUUAAUUGGAGGAAACAAGAAAGUUCAAGGAGAUUGUAAUAAGAGUUUUCGAUUGAGUGGAGCUACAAAUAUGGGAGAUUUCAUGCCUAUUCUGAAAUGGGUUGGAUUCAAUGGGAUUGAAAAGAAGUUGGCGGUAUUACAGGAAAAAAGAAACCAGUUCAUGCAAGAUUUGAUUGAAGAGCAUAGAAGAAUGAGGAGUAAUUCUUCUUCUGAGAAGGAAACCAAGACAAUGAUCGAUGUUCUCCUGUCAUUCCAAGAAAGUGAACCUGAAUACUGUAAAGAUGAAAUCAUCAAAGGCAUGAUGCUGGUAAGUUAUUCUGCUCCACUUAAUUCAUUUUGGGCUUUGGAUCAUCGGCAAAGUUUCAACUUUGUAUAA